UCACGUGAUGCUUACACUACAGGUAGAUGAGCAGGUGUGUGUGUGGACACAGGUACUAGGGCCACUGUUAGUUCAAUAUUCAUCUCAACUAACAGGAUUCACUGAUUUGAGAGGGAGAGGUCGGCCAACUGCGCCGUGACAACGAACAAGGGUUGACUGGAUGAUGGCCAACUUCAAGGGACAUGCCCUUCCUGGCAGCUGCUUUCUGCUGUUAGGCCUGUGUUGGUCAGUGAUGUACCCUCUCCGACACUGCUGGAGGAGGCAUCAGCCUAAAGCAAGACAAAAACUGCCCCUGUUCUUUAACAGAAUAGACUUAAUCGAGGGGACACUUAUGAUUUUCUUUGCCUUUGUGGGCAUCAUGGCAGAGCAGUUUGUGCCUGAUGGGCCCCAUGCCCACCUGUACAACAGAGAGACCCAGUCCUGGGUGAAGCUGAUGAACUGGCAGCACAGCACUAUGUACCUCUUCUUCAGUAUCGCUGGAGUUGUUAAAGUCCUCACUAUGUCACCGCUUCCAGUCCCACUUGGUCUUGACCGCCUUGCUCUCUCCCUGGCUUUUUUUAUUGAAGGGCUCCUGUUUUACUUCCAUGUGCACAUGCGCCCUCCUCUGGAUACCCACAUCCACUCCAUGCUGUUUGUGCCGGUGUUUGGUGGGGCGGCCAUCACCCUGUUGGAGGUGUUCAUGCGAGAUAACAUCGUACUGGAACUGCUCAGGACCAGCAUGACCAUCCUGCAAGGCUCCUGGUUCUUUCAGAUUGGAUUCGUGCUGUACCCAUUAAACGGAGUACAGUGGGAUCUGCAGGCACACGAUAACACCAUGUUCAUCACCAUGUGUUUCUGCUGGCAUCUAGCUGUGGCCCUGCUGAUCGUUGGCAUCAACUACUGGAUGGGCUGGUGCUGUGUACAACGAUGUUCAGGAAGAGGAAGUGACAUAGAGAUCAUGAUGAGAAAGACAUCCAGCUCCAAAAAGGCUCUGCUAGAGGAGUCAGACGAAGAGUAGACAGACGCAUCAUGAAGUGUGUCCAGUAGUAGAUCACUGUUACGCGAUUCUCCACAAUUGUUUGUCUGAAAUUUGAUUAACUGGUUUCUCUCGUUUCAAAUCAAAUCAAAAUUGUAUUAGUCACAUGCGCCGAAUACAACAGUAGACCUUACAGUGAAAUGCUUACUUACGGACCCCAACAAUGCAGCUUAAAGGGGGAAAAAAAAAGAAGAUACAAAUAAAUGUAAAAAAAGAGAAGCAAUAAAACAAUAGCGAGACUAUAUACAGGGGCGUACCAGUACAGAGUCAGUGGGGGGGCACCGGUGAGUCGAGGUUUGUAACCCUGCUACUGUGUAUGUGUAUUUUGAGUGUCAUUUUAUCAAUGAAAUAACGACAUGCCUUGUCGAGUUAAGAUUCAAGCCAAAUUAAUUUGAAAUAAAAUGCUUUACUGAGCCCGGACAAAUGUAAUGUAAUUCAAAGUAUAAAAGCUAAUAACUGAUUUUCAAAACUGAGGAGGUUGCUAUGAGACCAAGGAAAAUAGGUGAGAUGUAAAAGUAUUCCAUGGAGGUGAGAGAAUUUCAACAUUUCUUGUGACACAUUAACACCUGUUGUGUAUUCAUUAUGUUGUGCAAUGGAAAACCAAACAGAACAAAAACGGGGGAUAGGACCUACCUGAAUUUGUCCAAUAAUGAAAUAUUAUUUCUGUUGCAAUACGUACUCAGUUUGGAGAAAACGGUUUCUGUUGCGAAACCAAACAUUUUGAAAAUGGAAUCUGACUAAUGAAUACACCCGACAUUGUAACACGACAAUGUUACCUGCUGGGGUUUCCUCUCCUCUUAAGCCAGUUGAAACAUUUGCAUACUCGUCCUGCCUAUGGCUAUACAGAACGGAGAGCUACAGUCCUGUAGGUUUUCGCACCAGUCCAAGUUGUAACUAGCCUAAUUCAGUUGGUCAACCAGCUAAAUAUUAAAAUCAGGUGUGCUAGGUUAGGGUUGGAGAUUUUAACAGGACAGUAGUUCUCCAGGAACAAGGUUGGAGAGCCCUGCUAUAGAGCAACAUGCUUCUUUCCCUCCGGAAAACAGAAUGUCUAAUGAUUGUCAGAGAUAAUAUAUUUCCAAUAAAUAUUUUUUCAUUCA